UUAUGUGUUUAGUUAUAAUGUAAGCUUUUAAAACUUGUGAAGCAGCUGUCUUGUCGCUGACUUCUGUUAGUGACUAAAUUUUAUUCAUAAUAUACUGAUAAAUAAAAUUAAGAUGUAUUAAUAUUUUUUUGUAAAUUUAAGUAACUCAAAUUCUUCAAAAUUUAUGAAUAUGGUUUAAUAAGGAGAAAACUGGAUUAAAACAUUAAAUAUGGAAAAUAAUUUAUUAGCUGAUUAUGAACAACAAUUUGGUGUGACAAGCGCUGAGAUUACUUCUAAAAUAAGUAGACUUAGUCACAUUUCUGGUAUUGAUAAAAAUAACUUUAUUAAAGAAAUUGAACGUAAUUUAGAUGAAGUCCAUGAUUUAUUGGAGCAAAUGGACUUAUCUGUUAAAGAGUCUGAUGUAUCAGUUCGAGUUAAAUUACACAAUAGGGUAGCAAGUUACAGAGCUGAACUUCAUAGACUUGCAAAGGAUUUUGCAAGGGCUAAAUGUGUUGUUAAUGUUGAUCUAGAAGAUGAAAAUAAUUUUAUUGAAAAUGGAGAUAUUUCUUCUGAACAAAAACAAAGACUAUUAUACACAUCAGAACGUUUAAACCGUGCAGGUAUACAGUUAGAUAACACUUAUCGUUUGACUUUAGAAACCGAAGAAAUUGGAACUCACAUAUUAUCAGAUUUGGGACAUCAAAGAGAAACUUUACAAAAUUCUUUUAAUAGGCUUAGAGGUGCAAAUGCUGAGCUAGGAAGAAGCACUCGCUUGAUAAAUGCCAUAAUAGUCCGUUCUAGACAACAUAAAAUAAUACUGUUUAGUGUUAUGGCUACAUUUUGCUGCCUUAUAAUUUUCGCCUUUUACCAUUCAUUCCUUUAAUACAUUCCUAUUUAAUAUUAAAUUUUAAUUGCAUACUCGUUUACCAAUUUGUUUUACAAAUGAUUUGUAUGUGUUUUUAAAUUUUAUAUGUGUCUUUUUACAAAUAAUUUGCCUGUUGAUGUUAAUUAUUUAUGCUAACUCAAUAUCCCUAUGAAAUUAUUAUAAUAUUAAAAAAAAAAAAUGAAACAAUGAAUAAUAUUUAGAAAUUUACAGUUAAACACUGUAAAGAAAUGUGAUGUGUAAUUUUAUGUUGUA